GGCAGCGUGUGUAGAGAGAGGUUCUUCCGGUGCGCGGCAUGUAAAGACUGCUCACUCGUGUUAUAUAGGUUUUUGGACUAUUAAAUAAUGGAAAUAGAAUAUUCUCAAGAAGAUAAUACUGAGCUGAACCAAAUCAAUUUAGCCACAAAAGAAACCUCCACCCUUCCAGCGCUAAAUACUGUGCCUGAAGGACACAGCUCGCAAGAUGGCAUGGAAUGUAAAAGCGAAAAUAAAUUGUGCAAAGAUGCCCAAAUUGUAGAUGGUGAUUCACACGAAAGUGGAAAUCCAACCAAACAUGAGGAAAUGGAGCAGCCAUUGUCUACAGAGCUUGGAUGUUCUGAAAUUCAGGAAAACACUACCACUGUAGCAAACACGUCUCCACCAAUCAUCUUAAAACCAGAAGAUCAGAUGGAUGUGGCUGCCCAGUUGGGGUCUUUGAAUGUUAGAAGUGAAUUGACUGUUGGCCAAAAUGGAAAAGUUCAAGCUUUUGAUCAGUCAUUGGAACUGGAUUGCCACAAUGAAUGCAUUUAUGUUACAGAAGAAGAUGAAAUGGAGAAUGAACACUCUUCUUCUGACAGUGAUACGGACUCAGAUUCAUCAUCUUCCUCUUCUUCCUCUUCUUCCUCAUCCUCGUUGUCAGUAAUACUUAAAGUAGACGAAGAAGAUGAGCAAAAUGGAAUGAAUGAGAUCCCCUUGAAGACAAAGGAUGAAAUUCUUCUAGACGAACUGCCAGCCAUUGAAGAAUGUUCUAUUAUUUUACCUGAAGAUGUUGAACUGAAACAGUUUGGGAUCGUCUCCAGCAUUAUUGAACAACUAGUAAUUAUUGAGUCAAUGAAAGAUAUCCCACCUCUAAAUGAAGACAGUGUGGUUUUUAAGGAAGAUCGACAUUCCAUUGGAAAGAUAUUUGAAAUAUUUGGUCCUGUUCCACAUCCAUUUUAUGUGUUACGGUUUAAUACGACAGAUCAAAUUAAAGAAAAAGAUAUCAAGAUAAAGGAUACUAUGUAUUUUGCUCUGAACGUUGAAGACUUUACACAGUAUUUAAUACCCGAUAAAUUAAAAAGUGAUAAAGGUUCUGAUGCUUCCUGGACUAAUGAUCAAGAACCACCAAAAGAAGCACUGGAUUACAGUGACGAUGAAAAGGAGAGAGAAGCCAAGCAGAAGAAAAAGUCUCAGAAUGCAGGAAAAAGGAAACAGAAGUUUGAACAGAAUCAGACAUCAAAUAAUUCUCAAGAAAAGAGCAGACCAACAAACUCUUCAGCAUCCUUUUCAAGAAAUGAAUCUAAACUAAGCUUUUCACGUGACAGUUCUUCUCGUCCAUAUGAAAAUACAUUUGUGCAGCAACAUGGACCAUAUUUCUCAGGGCAUCCGUUAAUGCAGCAGCCUUAUGGUUUCCACAAUUCAGGGUCUCAGGAAUUUCAUUUUCCUUUACCAAAUGACAAUUUUGGUUCCCGAAGUUCAUAUGGAUCUCACUAUGUAAAUCCACACAACUUUUAUCCACCACCACCCUCAAACUUUGCUUGGCCUGAUCCAAACGCACAUGCACAUUAUAUGCAGAAUGCAUCAUUUGGAUUUGGCCCUCCUCCUCCGCCUCCUCCCCCUCCUCCGCCUCCUCCCCCUCCUCCUCCGCCACCUCCAGAAAACCCCAGUUCUUCCCACUUUGGUUCUCCUUUUUAAGAAAGCAAACAAAAUGAAUAUCAAUCUAAACAUUGCUCUACAAAUAAUGCAUGUUCUGAUUUAAGAUUUUUGUUUUCUUUUAUUGUCCUAAGUAGAUUACAAGUAACACAACAUUUCUGUUUUGUUUAUAGCAUAGAAAUAUGUAUGAUAUGAGUUGAGAUAUAUUUAAACUAUUUUGAAUCAUUUCUAUUGAAGGUUCAAAAAGGUUACUUUUUUGUAUGGUGUAAAUCAGAACUUUUCUAGUUUAAAUGUGUUUUUUUUUAUCUACAAAGCUGUACAGAAGACUAUUUUUUAUAAUUUCAUUUUUGUUACAUUAAAUAGAAUGAGAAUUGAAUAUAAAUAUAAAGUAUAAUAUUUGAAUAUUCUAGACGAGUGAAUACAAAAAGGA